GCCUCCGUGAGUAGGCGGGGCUUCCGUUAGGAGGAAGCGACGGCUAGAACAGGAGAGGGCGGGGCGGCUGAUGUUGCUGUAUGUGAGGCAGGUGAUGAUCUGUAGAGCGGAGUACAACGACACAGCCUUGGAAUAAGUGUGCUGGGGGCCCCUUACCCUGCAGGACAGGCCAUGGAGUGAGCAAGCUGCUCUUGUUCCCGAGGCAGAGGAUCGUCAUGGGGGCCAAGGAGUCCCGGAUCGGGUUCCUUACAUAUGAUGAAGCCGUUAAAAGAGUGACUGAUGUAGAACUGAAAAGGCUAAAAGAUGCGUUCAAACGGACGUGUGGAGGUCCUUCUUAUUACAUGAGUCAGCAAUGCUUCAUCAGGGAGGUGCUAGGAGAUGGAGUUCCUCCAAAAGUUGCAGAGGUAAUCUACUGCUCGUUUGGUGGAACCUCAAAAGGGUUACACUUCAACAACUUGAUAGUGGGUCUUGUUCUUCUCACCAGAGGUCGGGAUGAAGAGAAGGCUAAAUAUAUUUUUAGUCUCUUUUCAAAUGAGUCCGGUAGCUAUGUUAUACGGGAGGAUAUGGAGAGCAUGCUUAGCGUUGUGGAUGGAGAAGUCCCAUUAUCCCUUAAGAACUGUUUUGCUGAGGGUGAAAAGGUGAACUAUGAAAAAUUUCGAAAUUGGCUCCUGCAAAACAAAGAUGCCUUCACGUUUUCUCGGUGGUUGCUUUCUGGUGGAGUGUUCGUCACGCUCACCGAUGACAGUGACACUCCAACUUUCUAUCAAACUUUGGCCGGAGUAACGCACUUGGAAGAAUCUGAUAUCAUUGAUCUUGAGAAAAGAUAUUGGCUACUGAAGGCUCAGUCACGGACUGGGAGAUUUGAUCUGGAAACAUUUGUUCCCUUGAUAUCACCUCCGAUUCACCAGUCUUUGAGUGAAGGAUUAUUUAAUGCAUUCGAUGAGAACCGUGACAACCACAUAGACUUCAAGGAAAUUUCUUGUGGCCUGUCUGCUUGCUGCCGGGGACCCUUAGCAGAGAGACAAAAAUUUUGUUUCAAAGUGUUUGAUGUUGAUCGUGAUGGUGUUCUGUCUCGCACUGAACUGGAAGACAUGGUUCUUGCACUACUAGAGGUGUGGAAGGAUAACCGCACUGAUGCCGUACCUGAACUAAACUUGAAUCUUUCCGAUAUAAUAGACAAUAUAUUAAAAACCCAUGACACAACAAAGAGUGGACAUCUUACACUGGAAGACUACCAGAUUUGGAGUGUUAAAAGUGCUCUUGCCAAUGAGUUUUUAAACUUGCUCUUUCAGGUUUGCCACAUAGUCUUGGGUUUAAGGCCAGCUACCCCAGAAGAAGAAGGACAGAUAAUCAGGGGAUGGUUGGAACGUGAGAGUCGGCAUGGCCUCCAAAUUGGACAUAACUGGUUUCUUAUCUCUAUGCAGUGGUGGCAACAAUGGAAGGAAUAUGUCAGAUAUGACUCCAAACCUGUUGUUAUUGAACCUUCUCCAUCAUUAAGUGGCAGCCACCAAUCUUUGGGGACCUCUUCAUUGGAUCAAAGGGAAGAUGCCCGGGCAGGGACUAAUGUACAUGGCACUACAGAAGACAAAUCUUCCGAUAACAUAUCUACUGCUUCGGAAGCUUCCGAGUCAACUAACAGCACUUUGUUUUAUUCCAGCACAGCAGGUGCAGACAUGUGCUUUGCACGUCAACAUAACACUUCAGAUAACAAUAACCAGGGUAUGAUUGGUGCCAAUGGCUGUAUAUUAUCGCAGCUCAAUCCACAGAAGCCAGGUGCAAUUGACAACCAACCUUUAGUAAUGCAAGAGAAUGUAAAGGUCCCUUCUUUGACACUGGAAGGUGGGAGAUUAAAGCAGACUCCAUCUCUAGUCCGUGCGAAGGAUUAUGAAAUUGUACCAGAACCAGUAUGGAGGGCACUUUACCAUUGGUAUGGAGCAAAUCUGUCUUUACCUCGACCAGUAAUCAGAAAUAGUAAAACCAACCUCCCAGAACUGGAGCUCUUUCCACGUUAUUUGCUUUUCUUGAGACAGCAGCCUGUGACCCGCCAACAGCAGUCUAACAUCUGGGUGAAUAUGGGUAUGAUGAGCCUGAGAAUGUUUCCUCACCAUUUACCUAGAGGAAAUGUGCCAUCUCCAAAUGCUCCUCUGAAGAGAGUUUUGGCGUAUACCGGAUGCUUUAGCAGAAUGCAGACCAUAAAAGAAAUCCAUGAGUAUCUUUCUCAGCGACUGCGCAUCAAAGAAGAGGACAUGCGAUUGUGGUUGUAUAUUAGUGAGAACUACCUCACUCUCUUGGACGAUGAAGACCAUAGACUAGAAUAUCUCAAAAUCCAGGAUGAGCAGCACUUGGUAAUAGAAGUUCGCAACAAAGACAUGAGCUGGCCUGAAGAAAUGUCAUUUAUUGCAAACAGCAGUAAAAUAGAUAGACAUAAAGUUCCCACUGAAAAGGGAGCAACAGGACUCAGCAACCUGGGAAAUACUUGCUUUAUGAACUCCAGUAUCCAAUGUGUCAGUAACACUCAGCCUCUAACAAAAUACUUUAUCUCAGGGAGACAUCUGUAUGAACUAAACAGAACAAACCCCAUAGGCAUGAAAGGACAUAUGGCUAAGUGUUAUGGUGAUUUGGUUCAAGAGCUGUGGAGCGGAACUCAGAAGAAUGUGGCUCCCCUUAAAUUAAGGUGGACAAUAGCAAAAUAUGCCCCCCGGUUCAAUGGCUUCCAGCAGCAAGACUCCCAAGAACUUCUUGCUUUUCUUCUGGAUGGUCUUCAUGAAGAUCUUAAUAGAGUCCAUGAUAAGCCAUAUGUCGAGCUCAAGGACAGUGAUGGCCGACCUGACUGGGAAGUUGCUGCAGAGGCUUGGGACAAUCACUUGAGAAGAAACAGGUCCAUAGUUGUGGACUUGUUUCAUGGACAACUAAGAUCGCAAGUCAAAUGUAAGACCUGUGGGCAUGUGAGUGUCCGAUUUGACCCGUUCAACUUCCUUUCGUUGCCUCUUCCUAUGGACAGCUACAUGCAUCUGGAGAUCACAGUAAUUAAAUUGGAUGGCACAACUCCUGUUCGGUACGGCUUAAGGCUCAACAUGGAUGAAAAGUACACAGGCCUGAAGAAACAACUUAGUGAACUCUGUGGCUUGAAACCUGAACAGAUUCUCUUGGCAGAAGUACAUGGAUCUAAUAUUAAGGUAAAGGACUAUAACCGGGUGUACGCCAUGCACAGUUGUAGCAAAAAGGCCUAA